AUGGAGGUUUCGGGGUCCCCAUUGAGCGCGGAGUCCCGCGGGCCCCGGCGGAAGCAUGGCGGUGUGCGGGGGCCCCGGGGGGGCCGGCGCCCGCCCUGGUACCACCGGGACCUCGAGGCCGGGCCGCCGCCGAGGAAGCUGCUGGCCCGGGCCGGGCGCGACGGCAGCUUCCUGGUGCGGGACCGGGGACCAGCCAGCGAGAGCGUGGCGGGGGCGUACGCGCUGUGUGUGCUGUUCCAGAAGCACGUCCACACGUACCGCAUCCUGCCCGACGAGGAGGACUUCCUGGCCGUGCAGACGUCGCAGGGCGUGCAGGUGAGGCGAUUCAAGACGCUGAGCGAGCUGAUCGCCCUGUACCUGCAGCCCAACCAGGGGCUGGUCUGCACCCUGCUCUUCCCCGUCGAGAGGGAGAAGGAGAAGGAGAGCGCAGAGGACAGGGACUACUCGGAUGGCGAGGACGAGAAGCCCCCGCUGCCCCCGCGCUCCGGCUCCAGCAGCUUCUCGAGUUCCUCCGUGGGGCUCAGCCCCGGCAGCCCGGGGCCGGUGGUGCCCGAGGCGGCGGCGGAGAGCACCAACGGCCUCACCAGCAUCUCCCACGAGUACCUGAAGGGCAGCUACACGCUGGACCUGGAGGCCGUCAAGGCGGGGGCCAGCAGCCUGCCCCACCUCAACAAGACCCUCGUCACCUCCUGCAAGCGGCUGCACAGCGAGGUGGACAAGGUGCUGGCGGGGCUGGAGAUCCUCUCCAAGGUGUUCGACCAGCAGAGCUCCCCCAUGGUCUCCAAAAUCCUCCAGCAGACGGCGACGCAGAGCGGGGAGCAGGAGCUGGAGAGCCUGGUGCUGAAGCUGUCCGUACUGAAGGAUUUCCUCUCCAGCAUCGAGAAGAAGGCGCUCAAAGUUCUGCAGGAGAUGAGCUCGGCCACCCCGGCUCCCCCGGCGCAGCCCCUCUCCCGCAAAGCCAAGAGCAUCCCCGUGCAGACCUUCGAGGUGAAGCUGGACGUCACCCUGGGGGACCUGACCAAGAUCGGCAAGUCGCAGAAGUACACGCUGAGCGUGGACGUGGAGGGCGGCAAGCUGGUGGUGCUGAAGAAGCAGAAGGACUCGCAGGAGGACUGGAACACCUUCACCCACGACAAGAUCCGGCAGCUGAUCAAGUCGCAGCGGGUGCAGAACAAGCUGGGCAUCGUCUUCGAGAAGGAGAAGGACAAGACGCAGCGCAAGGACUUCAUCUUCGUCAGCGCCCGGAAGCGGGAGGCUUUCUGCCAGCUGCUGCAGCUGAUGAAGAACAAGCACUCGCACCAGGACGAGCCCGACAUGAUCUCCAUCUUCAUCGGCACCUGGAACAUGGGCAGCGUUCCCCCGCCCAAGAGCAUCACCUCCUGGUUCACCUCCAAGGGGCUGGGCAAGACGCUGGACGAGGUGACGGUCAGCAUCCCCCACGACAUCUACGUCUUCGGCACGCAGGAGAACUCCAUGGGGGACAAGGAGUGGGUGGAUUUCCUCCGCGCCGUGCUCAAGGACUUCACGGAGAUCGAGUACCGCCCGGUGGCCAUGCAGUCCCUGUGGAACAUCAAAGUCGUGGUGCUGGUGAAGCCGGAGCACGAGAACCGCAUCAGCCACGUCAGCACCUCCAGCGUCAAGACGGGGAUCGCCAACACGCUGGGCAACAAGGGCGCCGUGGGCGUCUCCUUCAUGUUCAACGGCACCUCCUUCGGCUUCGUCAACUGCCACCUCACCUCGGGCAACGAGAAGACGGCGAGGAGGAACCAGAACUACCUGGACAUCCUGCGGCUGCUCUCGCUGGGGGACAAGCAGCUGAGCUCCUUCGACAUCUCCCUGCGCUUCACCCACCUCUUCUGGUUCGGGGACCUCAACUACCGCCUGGACAUGGACAUCCAGGAGAUCCUCAACUACAUCAGCCGCAAGGAGUUCGAGCCGCUGCUCAAGGUGGAUCAGCUCAACCUGGAGAAGGAGAAGCACAAGGUCUUCCUGCGAUUCGGCGAGGAGGAGAUCACCUUCCCCCCCACGUACCGCUACGAGCGCGGCUCGCGGGACACCUACGUGUGGCACAAGCAGAAGCCCACGGGGGUCCGCACCAACGUCCCGUCCUGGUGCGACCGCAUCCUCUGGAAGUCCUACCCCGAGACCCACGUCAACUGCAACGCCUACGGGUGCACAGACGACAUCAUGACCAGCGACCACUCGCCCGUUUUCGGCUCCUUCGAGGUGGGGGUGACGUCCCAGUUCGUCUCCAAGAAAGGGCUCUCCAAGUCCUCGGACCAGGCGUACAUCGAGUUCGAGAGCAUCGAGGCCAUCGUGAAGACGGCCAGCCGCACCAAGUUCUUCAUCGAGUUUUACUCCACCUGCCUGGAAGAGUUCAAGAAGAGCUUCGAGAACGACAGCCAGAGCAGCGACAACAUCAACUUCCUCAAGGUGCAGUGGUCGUCCCGGCAGCUGCCCACGCUGAAGCCCAUCCUCUCCGAGAUCGAGUACCUGCAGGACCAGCACCUGCUGCUCACCGUCAAGUCCCUCGAUGGCUACGAGUCCUACGGCGAGUGCGUGAUCGCGCUCAAGUCCAUGAUCGGCAGCACGGCGCAGCAGUUCCUCACCUACCUGGCGCACCGCGGCGAGGAGACGGGCAACAUCCGCGGCUCCAUGAAGGUGCGCGUGCCCGCCGAGCGCAUGGGCACCCGCGAGCGGCUCUACGAGUGGAUCAGCAUUGACAAGGACGAGACGGCCGCCGGCAAGGGGAAGGCGCCGCUGGGCGCCAGAGCCACCCAGGAUUACGCCAAGUCUGCGGGGAGGAAACCCGCGGGGGCAGAGCCGCCCGCAGCCCCCCCGGCAAAGCCCCCCGAGGAGCCCGAGAAGGGCAGCGCCCCGCUGGCCGCCCGCCCCCCCGCCCCGCACCGCGGCACCUCCCGGGACGAGGCUGCGCCGAGCCGGUCCAAGCCGGAGCCAGCAGCGGAGCCGUCGGGGGGGCCGCUGAAGAACAGCUUCAACAACCCCGCGUACUACGUGCUGGAGGGGGUCCCCCACCAGCUGCUGGCGCCCGAGACCCCCGGCAAGCCCCCCGUCCCCAAGGGCAAGGCGGCGGCCCCCGAGCGCCGCCGGCACCCCUCGGCUGGGCCCCCCCCGCCGUGCCGCGGCGAGGAGAGCUCCUCAGACGAGGACCCCGGCCCCGUGGCUCUGCCCCCCCCCGAUUUCCCCCCCCCACCGCUGCCCCGGGAGCUGGAGGUGGCCGAGAACCCCUUCUACGCCAGCGCCAAGGAGCUGCUGGGGGCUGCAUCCUCCGAGCCCCCCCCGCCCAAGCUGCACCCCCGGCCCCCCCUGCCCACCGGGGCCGGAUUUGGGCUGGAGGCGCCCGGGGGGGCCGCGGUGCCGGGGGGGGUGCGGGACGACCGCUCGUGCUCCGUGCUGCAGAUGGCCAAGACGCUGAGCGAGGUGGACUACGGCAGGGGCCGGGAGGUGCCGGCGCGGGGGGGGCCCCCCCAGCUGCUCGGCAAGGGGCGGCUGGAGCUGCCCCCCCGCUGCCUGCACCCCGACUACGGCCGCCCCCUCGCCUUCCCCCCCCACUGCAUCCGGGAGAGCAUCGAGGAGGACCUGGCCGAGGAGGCGCUGUGCCAGGCGGGCCGCGGCGCGGGCGCCGGCGAGUCCAGCGUGGGCGAGUGGCUGCGGGCCAUCGGGCUGGAGCGGUACGAGGAGGGGCUGGUGCACAACGGCUGGGACGACCUCGAGUUCCUCAGCGAUAUCACGGAGGAGGACCUGGAGGAGGCUGGUGUCCUCGACCCCGGCCACAAGCGCGUCCUCCUGGAGAGCCUGCAGCUCAGGAAGUAG